CGGCACUGCAGCAGAGGCUUCACCGCAAGGCGAAGCCCGCACAAGCCACUCCGGUCCGCCCCCUCCUCGGGUCUGUCACGCUCGGCGGCUCCUCCGGGAGUCUCCUCGCUCCCUCCCCGCAGCCCCGCGGCGGGAGCAGGCGGCAGCGGGAGCGGAGGGAGCCGGGAACGCCCGGCAGCCCGCCCGCACCGGUUGAAGAUUACGGCUUCACGUGUAUUUGGACGACUUCUGCUGAUGUCCAACACACAAUAGAUGCUCUAAACAGUAUUCAGCAGGCCCCUUUUGCAGCAUAAAAACAAACCUUUGAGACAAGAUGGAAGAAACAUACAAAGAUAGGACUUCAUUAGUGAAAGGAGCAAAAGAUAUUGCCAAAGAGGUGAAGAGGCAAGCAGUGAAAAAAGUGAAUAAAGCUGUUGACAAAGCUCAGGAUGGCUACACGCAGAGGUCCUACAGCCGGUUCCAGGAUGAGGAAGAUGAUGAUGAUUACUAUGUCCAAGGAGGAAAUUAUGGUGUAGAAGCUAAUGAUGAUGAAGGCUCAAGUGAAGCGACUGAAGGGCAUGAUGAAGAUGAUGAAAUUUAUGAAGGGGAAUAUCAAGGAAUUCCCAACAUGGGGCAGGGCAAGGAUGGCAUGGUGGCCUUAGGUCAGCCUAUGCGUGAUGAAUAUAAGGAUCGUCAUGAACUGGAAACAGAGAGGAAAGCUGAUGAAGAAGAGCUAGCGCAACAGUAUGAACUGAUAAUACAAGAAUGUGGCCAUGGCCGUUUCCAGUGGGCACUCUUCUUUGUGUUGGGAAUGGCCCUAAUGGCUGAUGGGGUUGAAGUUUUUGUGGUUGGAUUUGUUUUGCCCAGUGCUGAAACAGAUAUGUGUAUACCCAAUUCUGGAUCAGGAUGGCUUGGUAGCAUAGUGUACCUUGGGAUGAUGGUGGGGGCAUUCUUCUGGGGCGGCUUGGCAGACAAGGUGGGAAGGAGACAGUCACUCCUUAUAUGCAUGUCUGUCAAUGGAUUCUUUGCCUUCCUUUCAUCAUUUGUCCAGGGCUAUGGCUUCUUCCUCUUCUGUCGCUUGUUUUCUGGAUUUGGGAUUGGUGGAGCUGUGCCAAUAGUCUUCUCCUAUUUUUCGGAAGUGCUUGCUCGGGAGAAACGAGGUGAACACCUGAGUUGGCUCUGUAUGUUUUGGAUGAUUGGCGGCAUCUACGCUUCUGCAAUGGCUUGGGCAAUAAUUCCUCAUUAUGGAUGGAGUUUUAGCAUGGGCUCUGCCUACCAGUUCCACAGCUGGCGAGUAUUUGUGAUCGUUUGUGCACUGCCCUGUGUGUCGUCUGUGGUAGCCCUCACCUUUAUGCCAGAAAGCCCACGGUUCCUGCUGGAGGUUGGAAAACAUGAUGAAGCUUGGAUGAUACUAAAGCAAAUUCAUGACACAAACAUGCGAGCUCGUGGUCAGCCUGAGAAAGUCUUCACAGUUAACAGAAUCAAAACUCCAAAGCAGAUAGAUGAACUCAUAGAAAUAGAGAGUGAUACAGGAACUUGGUACAGGAGGUGUAUUGUUAGAAUUCGCACAGAGCUAUAUGGUAUUUGGUUGACGUUUAUGAGAUGCUUCAACUACCCGGUGAAGGAUAAUACAAUCAAACUUACUGCUGUAUGGUUCACCCUGUCUUUUGGCUACUAUGGCUUAUCUGUCUGGUUUCCCGACGUCAUUAAACAUCUGCAGUCAGACGAGUACGCAUCCCGAGUGAAACAUUUCCGCAAUGAGGAGGUUUCCCAUUUCGUCUUCAACUUCACACUGGAAAAUCAGAUUCACAGCAAUGGAGAGUACAUCAAUGACAGGUUUAUUAUGAUGAAGUUUAAAUCAGUAACCUUCGAAGAUUCACUUUUUAAGAACUGUGUGUUUGAAGACAUUACUUCACUGAACACGUACUUCAGGAACUGUACUUUCAUCAAUACCACUUUCUACAACACAGAUCUUGAGCAAUAUAAAUUUGUUGACAGCGAAUUGAUAAAUUGCACAUUUUUCCACAUCAGGACAGGAUGCCAGAUUUCUUUCGAUGAUGACUACAGUGCCUACUGGAUUUACUUUGUUAAUUUCCUGGGAACUCUGGCAGUGUUACCAGGAAAUAUUGUGUCUGCUCUUCUGAUGGAUAGGAUUGGACGGUUAACGAUGCUAGGUGGUUCCAUGGUUCUCUCUGGCAUCAGCUGUUUUUUCCUGUGGUUUGGAACCAGUGAGUCCAUGAUGAUAGGUAUGCUGUGCCUCUACAACGGCCUCACCAUCUCAGCCUGGAACUCACUAGAUGUCAUUACUGUGGAGCUGUAUCCUACAGACAGAAGGGCAACAGGCUUCGGGUUUUUGAAUGCACUAUGCAAAGCAGCAGCUGUACUUGGAAACUUAAUAUUUGGUUCCCUUGUUGGUAUCACCAAAGCAAUCCCUAUCCUCCUUGCUUCUACUGUUCUAGUAUGUGGAGGUCUGGUAGGACUUCGGCUUCCUGACACAAGAACCCAGGUGUUGAUGUAACUGGAAAAAGCCAUUUACUAUGUAUUUCCUUUUUCGUACAAAUGUCAACUCUCCUGACUGAUGGUGCAAAGGCUUCAGAUUCUCAAUGCUUAUUAGAGUGUUCAGAUGUCAGAAAUCAAACUCAAAAGAUACUCUGGAGUGGCAGAGAUUUAGAAACCUCUGGAUGAAAGUUUUAAAUUUCGCUUUUGUUUGCUUGCAUACAUUGCUAUUCAAAACCACUUAACUUCAAACUGCAAAGCUACCUCUUAAAACACUUUCAGUGACAUGUCCAGGAAGGUAAAAACCAUACUGAUAAUUAAACAUCUAAAAUGCAAGAAGUCAUAUUAUUUAAAAAUAUGUGCUGGAUUUGGCCAUGCCAUUGUGAGCUUUUGUAACAGUACAGACAUGCAAGUCAAUUACUUAGCAGUAUUGGUGCAGAGAAUGUUAAGAUUACAUUUAUCAAUGCAUGUGGCAUUAAUCCGGAAAAUCUACAGACUGCACCAGUAUUGAGUAUACUGACCUUCUGCAGAUGUGCUUAGAUGGUAAAAUCUUGUGGCAAUGCCUCUUUCUUGGGAAACUUUUUUUUAGGUAAAUUCAAUAUCUAAAGUAAAGAUGACCAACUACACCCCAUAUUUGCUGAGGGGAAGGCAACAGCUACCACAAGGAGAUGAAAACACCUUGUGGAUAAGCAGCAAAGAGAAUAACAAAAGAGGCACUAGAGCUCUUUGCUGCUGAUCCUCCAGGAAAAAAAAAAAAGUUUUCUUCUCAUUUGCGACAUCUGGUAUAUUUUUGCCACUUUAAAACAGUGAAUCUGUCACUCUUCCAGGAGUCAAUCAAUGCAAAUAUUUAUGUUGUUGUAAGUGUGAAUAAAGGAAAAUUCAGGUCAGUGAACUAUAUGAAAAGUAUGAUGCUUUCAGAAAAGUUUGUUUUGUAUUUACAUUUCUAAUACAUUUUUCUUUGUGACAGAAUGGUUAUAAAAAUUUGUGGCGGUAAAUGCCACCUAGUAAAUUUAGCCUGGUCAUAACUUCAAUACAAAAUGUAAUGCAAUUAAAACAUUUUAAAUGAUUAAUUUUUUUAAAAUAAUAUUUAAAAAAAAAAAACAAAGAAAAGCAAUAAUAAUCACCAUUAUUUUCACAGUUCAUACACUUCUUUCUAUAAACUUUUUCUCAGCUGAUUUUUAAUAGUUCUAGAGAUCUCUCUCCAUUUAACACUUUCAAAUGUCACUCUGAAAAGCCACUAAGAAAGAAGCCAUGCCAAGGCUGUAGGGAGUGGUAAUGUCUUUAUUAGACAAAGUGCAGGAUGGAUGAUAAAUGGUGGUGAAUAUAUUCCUUCUAAGCCAUAUUCUGUGGACUGUUGUGGAUUACAUUAAAGAGUUCCUCACCGGUCCUCCUGCUGUGAAAAAGGCUAUAGGAACUCUUUAAAAUGUUAGCCCUGGAAAUUAAAUAGAAAUAUGUCCAUAUAAUUGGCAGACAAAAGGGGCAGAACCUUUGAUGAGAGAAACUGGCAUUGCUUUCAGUGGAAAUAAAACAACUUGUAUCAGCUGAUGAACUAUCUGCAGUUUCAAGUUUCAAAGAAAAAAAUUACUAUAAAACAUAAGGCUAAAUUUAUCAGUAUUUUUUCUAUUUAUAUCUGACAACAUUUAUUAGGUGGUUGUAUCAUUGCCAAAGAAAUUGGGCUUUUAGGUAAGGCCAUUGCGUCAAGUAGUAAAAUAGAUUUUUUUUCUCAUUUGUUACUUUUUCUCUUGCUCAUAUAUGUGAACUUAGUUGGGUAGUAACAUUUAUGGCUGCAUUCUGUGUCUAUCACGAUCUUAGUCAUAUUGAAAGAGUCAGUAAAAGUCCAAAUAAGAAUAUCAUACAUUACAUUUAAAAUUCACUGUUUAUUCUACUGAUUUUAGAAGCUACAUUUUUCAGUUAUUAAGAAAUGCCUGUGCUACACAUCAUAGCACCAAAAUGUUAGCCCAACACGUGGUUUUCUGCUAUUAACAAAUGACAAAAGUGGCUGAAUUAAAAAAAGCGUAAGUAAGGAAAACUAGUGGGCAUUUUUUUGAUGUUGAUCAUUUAAAUAUGAUGUAGUAAGAAACAAAGCUUAUGAAGUGUGUUUAUUUUGCAAUAUAAACAGUCAAGGUAUUGGAAAUUAAAUAUUUUAUAUUUAAAUCUGACUUAACCAUGUCUUUUAAAUUUCUGAACUCUGUUGAAAAAAGGAAAGAGGAAGAAUUAUUUUUCACAAAGCUCCAGAUUAAGAACAAAAUGCUAGCCUUAGUUAUGCAUCUGUGGCUUUUGUCCACUAGUCAUACUCUUAAUAUUAUUUCAAGGCUGUUUUUUCUAAUGAGAAUUAUAUUUGAGCCCUGUUUCUCUGUGCCAUUCGUUAAUAGCAUGUGUCCACUUCCUUGUACUUACUGCAAAAAUUUUGAAAUCUGAAGCCUCUGUACACGUUUGGAGUAAACAUCAACAGCAAUGGUAAAAUAUUACAUUGUCUUGCUAUGCACUGUCCACUUAAAAGUAGUAUAUUCUGUCUGUUUCUGUAUGUAAUUCUGAAGAACAUCCAGAUCCAAUGCUUCAUGCCACCUGACCAGUGUGGAGGAAAUGGGCCACAGAAAAAUAAGGUUCAGCUUCUGAGGGCUAUGGUUCAAGGUUAACAUACUAAAAUCUCAUUACAUAUAUAAUUGUGAUGAUUUCGAUGCUGAUUCUUAUCCUAAAUCAUGACUACAUCAAACGUAUGUGUUAAGUUUGGAUGAAAUGGAACAGAGCGACAACAGGAAUUAGUAAACAUGAACAAAAUUUCCAACUCCACAGGCCUUGCCUGGUCUGGGAUUAGAGGGAAAGUUGUAAACUAGGAAAAGGAAAAAAGAAAAAUAGCAGAUAGGAAAGGGGAGAGAAGUAAAUGGAAGAGAUAAACAAAGAAAAAAAUCCACACAAAUAUUUCCAACAUAUUAACCUAAACCUAAAGCUCUAAUCUCCCUAGCUGGUGAGCCAAUUGGCUCAACAGUUUUGAACCAGUGCACAAGCCAGCAUCAAAACUGAACAAUAAAUUGUUUGGCUUGAGUGCAGUAAGAUUCGUCUCAUAAAGGCAAAAGAAGCAAAUGCAAUUUCAAGCUAUAAAUACUUGGUUAGAUAGGUGCAAUCCACCGGCUGGAACAGAAAUGUUUAACCUAUGGAGAUCUGGACACAAAUGUUACUUAAGUUAUAAGCUAAAGUGAUUCGGCUGGUCUUUAGUGAAUCUGUCUUUUUUUGCAGCUUCCAAAGCAAACUCAGGUAAUAAAUACUGCAGAGUAGGAAUUGCACUUUCUUUCUGUGUCUGUUCAGUUAUAUCUCACACAAAGAGUCACUUUGUGGCCCGUUUAGAUCUCUGAUACACCACAGAGAAUGGAACUUGAUAACAUUUGUGUAUCAGAGCUAUCAAACACAUGUAAUCAAAACUGCUUAUUUUUCUGUUUUGAUCAUUGAACUGACUGACCACUAAUUGGAAAUGAAGUGGGAUAUAAGGUCUAGUGCUCUUCUCCUCAAAACGGAAAGGCUCAUCCCAACAAGAGCACUGACAAAAAGUACAAUGAUCCCCUGAAGACAGAGAAGACUGACAGCUUUUUCAAUAGUAUUAACCAUGAUGGUCGUCUACUUGAAAAUUUGAAACUUCUCUGCAAAAGAGAUCGUGUGUUUUCAUUUUUGGCAAAGAAAUUUUAUUUUAUUAGUUUUACUCCUUACAUGUUAUCAGUCAGUAGAGCUUCAUUUAGCAGACUCUAAUUUCUUGGAAGCAUCUUAUUUAUUGUGUUUGUACAUUUUAACCAGAUUGGCGAUAUUCAUGUUAGCAUUUUGUUGGCUGGGAGCACACACUACUACAUUUGGUAUGCAUUGUAUUGAUUGGUGAAUACGGACACCUAGCAAGGAAACCAGACUAGGUGCUCAUGGUUUCUGAAGUGCUGUAGGGGAUUGCUAAUUAAUGAUAUACCAGGAAGCUUUCUUCCUCUAUGAUUGAUUUUAGCCAGUGCCCUUCCAGAAGUGUGUACUACAAAACUUUGACAGGUGAAAAAGUGUUAACCCUCCUUCGUGAUGGCUUCAGUAAUCUAUUCUUUGUUCAUCAUCUUAGAAAAGUUGGCUGAAGAAAGACUGCUCCCUCAAGGUCUGAUCUCUUUCUCUUCAUGCCAUUCCAUUCAUUCCAUGCCAAAUUGCUUUUCUCACCAGAGGGCCAAUCUUAAAGAAAGUCAAAAUUUGCUGCUCCUGCUCUCACUUGCUUCUGACUUCAUGGUAACAUUCAGUAAGAAGGUUUGCCACAUAUCUUUUGCAAUUUGGCCAUCCCUUUUUAAACCAACAUGGAAAACAAACUCAAAAGUCCUACAGACAAUACCACCCUCUUAAGGCAGCCAGAAUCCACAUUUCCCUACAUAUGCAGAAGGCUGAGCUAAUACAAGGAGGGAUCUUCUCUCAGAGAGGCCCCUGUUGGUCUCCUUCUGCUGCGGGUGCAGAUAUGGCGGAGUCUUGUCGUCAGUGCACCUAGCUCAGCUACAUUUGGAGGAAAUGUUAUUAUCUGUUCUUGUUUUCUUUUUCUACCACUAUGGAGACUUAUCUUCAUGUAAUUGCUCUUGAAGCACAAUUGCUGAUCCCCUUCUUAGCAAUAGAAUGUAGUCCUCAUCCCCUCAUAUGGACCACCUCUCUGUGCUGGGCUUUAGCUCUCUUCUCCAUUGUGAGUUUUAAAACUAUCUUAAUUAGUCAGAGGAAGAUGUUUACAUCCAGUCGCACCUCUUUACCUAAACAAGAUGAUAUCAUGCUAAUACAACCUACAAGCCAUGUUUCCUGUUUAAUAACCUGGAAAUGCAAUUGAAAUUUCAAUCACAAUGUUAAAAAAUGAAUCCUUGCACUCUGGGGGUCAGAGACACAAGAAGUGAAAACAGAAAUGCUCCACUUCCUCUGGAGUCUUGAAAGAAAACACAUGUUUGAUAAUCGUAUUCCAGAAGAAAACAUGUCUGAGAGACUGCUUUUCCCCUGCAUUUCCUGCCUACUUGUUCAUUAAACUCACUGUAAAAUAUUAGGUAUUUGCCUGAAUUAGUACUUUCCAAUGCUGCUAGUUCAGGAAAUGCAGCAUGAAAAGACAGACUUUUGCCUGCAGUUUGGAAGUGAGACAGGGAUCAGGCAGUAAUGUGGAAUUUGCAGAGACAUGUUAGCCAGAAAAUCUGGAACUCAGUUCAGAACCUGAAUUAAAUACAAAGCACCAAUUUAUAAUGCUACUUACAGAUCUCCCUUACUUUCACUUACUCUCAUCUGGUCUACAACCAGUCCAUAUGCUGAAAUCAGUCUCAUUUGCUUUCUUUUAAUGUUAAUAAUUUCAACCAAGUGAGGAAAAAUAGUUUUUUGAUCCAUUAUGGUUAUCUGCAUUCUUUAGUUUUGUUCUUCUGUUUAUUUUGUACUUCUUCCUGCAAAGGAAGAAUCCUUCGAUAUUUACUCCUACUCUAGAUGCACAAGAUUAUUACAAAUAACUUCAUCCACAUUCAGGACCUUUCUUUGAUACAGUGACUUAGCAUGUCAGAAACAGACAAAAGUUAAAAUAUACCUGAUUAAUUUUCUUAUUUGAUACUAGCUUGAAUUACCUCCAAAGAUGCUGGCUUGUAAUAUGCAGCCAUGUUUUCUAGCCCUUGGAGUACCUCCUGUCUAACUGAAAAUCAAUAAAGCAGCAAUUAUUGGCAGCCUCCUCGCACAGCAUACACACAAGAAACAUUUACUAGGAACCAAAUACUUAGGAAAAAAAUGGGGAAAAAUACAGGUGUAAUUGCUUUCUGGGGUAAACAAUCUUCCCUACUUGACAAAGGUCUAGAAUAUGUUGCUCGCUUCUGACUAUGCAGUCCAAUAACCAAAGAUUGAAGAUUACUUAACGACACAGGUGUUUGGAUGAGGAUGACUUAACACAAAAGUAUUGUCCUUUCCACCUAGAGUAUUCAUGAAUAUACAUUUUAAUGCCAUAUAACCAAGAAGAUUUGUAGAGGUCUUGUCCCUGCUGUGGCCAUCAACACUUCUGAGCUGUAGCCAGACACAUCAGUCUGUAAGUAAGGGAGAGAUUGCUGGCAGGCUGGCUUUCAUCACUCUCUCCAUGGCUAGCUACCUAAGCUCAUUUCUUUUGGGUCCUCCAGAUCUGCUUUUUCGCUCAGUCUCUUACUUUCUCAUUUUGGACAUCUACCACCUGCUACUCAGUUUUCACCAGUAGUCCUGACCAAGCAAGUUGAAGCAACUUGUUGCUAAUGGACAGCACACACAACUCAUCACAAGCACAGGACUCUGCAGGAGUCCAAUUUCUUAUGUGUUCCAGUUUCAUCUGUUGCCACCUAGCAUUUCUUUCUGAUAAUAAUGCAUGUUUUCUAACCUAUAAUACAUGUCUUCUAUCCUCUUAAUGUCUGCCUUGUAAUAUAUGCCUGUUCCCCACCGGGUAUGCGAUAAAAGUCACUUGUGAAUUUCAUGUAGGCCUGUCUUACCCAGUUAAAAGUUGACCCUUUGAAAGAAGAGCAUCAGGAAGAAAUAAUAAAUAGAAUAAAAUUAAAAGAAAACCAUGAAGAGUAAGAUUUCAAGGACUAGGUUUCAAUUACUUUUAUUUUUGUCAGCUGUUUUCCUUAAAUCCUAGCCUGCAGCUAUAUAAUAUUGUAUAUUGUAAAGAAGUGUGACACAGACGUGAAUACAUAUGCAGACAUGUGUGGGUGAGUAUCAAAAUCAAAAUCUACACACAAACCUUCCUAUAAUACAGGUGGACAUAAGACUUACAAGCCAUAUUCUCGUCCCAUUCUCAAUGAUACUAAGUAUCACUUUCUACAUUAUGCUUUGAACACAAAUAACAUCCUGCUCCAUUCUUUGUGCAGAACCCUUUACUUAUUCAUGUGCAAAAUUGUUGGGAUGCCAAGAUUCAUCUUAGCUGGCCAUUACCUUUUGAUCAUUGGAAGGGAACUGCUAAAAUGGUCUGAAAAAUGAGCUCUAACUUAGCUGUAGCCUUUUCCCCUCUGCCACACUGUGCCAAACAGCAAAACAGCACAUCCUGCAAAGGCACUGGUCAUGUUACAGUGACUAAGAGACACAGCACUCUCAGAUACAUAAAAUCCUAAAAGCUAUGAAUUUUGUCUUAUUCAACUAGAAGUCCUUCAAAAAGCUCCAUGUGAAUUUCAACAUGUUAACUUCUUUGUAACAUAGGAGAAAAUGUCUGUGUCUUCCUGUGUUGUAUGUUUUUCAUUUGUACAUGUUUCUGCAUACAUAGCUGCAGUCGUCCUAGUAAUGUGGCUAAACAAUUGUUUGCUACUGUUGUUAUCAGCAAUCUUUGACCAGCCUGAAACAGAGCCAUUGCCAGGGUGUCUUUCAAUCAAUGAUUAACAUCCACAAAGAUCUUCUACAGUAAUUAGUGCAGUAUAAAGUAACUGUGGCUAUAAUUUGAGCAAAUCCAGGGUGAAAAUGGCAGCACGUGCACACAGAGCAGUGAGGGUAGGAGAGCUCUUUCGAAAGCUCUGCUAUUUCCUGCAUUUCACCUUCUGUCUUUGCAGGACAUCCACUCUUUCCAGCAUGCUUCCUCUGGUAGGCGCAUGCAUACAUGCUACAGAACUAAAAAGUCAGCAGAAGAAAGGGUGUAUUCCUUCCAAAGAACUUAAUGAUGUAUAUUUGCUGUAGGAAAGCCAUGUCUAUACUCACAUUAAAACACAGAACCAAACAUACACACAAGCAGCCUGCAAUUCUUUUUUUUCUCUAUGUGUUCUGUGAGUUGAUAAACUGAAUACCACCAGCCUAUAACAAACAUUUGGGAGGAAACUAUGAAAGGGUAGCAAUGCUCAUGUAAUAGUACUUCUGGAAAACAGUGGGUCUUUCCAAAAGGAAAACAUACUCACUGAGUGAGGCCGUAGCAUAUAGUCUCUAAGUGUGGUCAUGAAUGGACAGUUUAAAGUAAAAAAUUUCUGUUCAGGUUCAAAGUAGCAGUAGAUAAUACUAUCUUCUAUUUGGAAGUUAAACAUAGAUUAAAAUGAAUAGUUUAGAAGGAAAAAGAGAAUAUUAAAAUUUGGAGAGUGGUCUUACAAAACACACCCUGCCAUCAUCUUUUUGGACAAACCUUACAGCCCUUUCCUGUUUCUUCCUGUCACAAACCCCUUCUGAUAUGGAGAUUGAUUUUAUUAGUGCUUCACUAGUGAAAUGAAAGUCUUUACUGACAUUUGCAGCAAAAAGGAGAGCAGGCAUGAAAUUAGUGAUAUAGGAAAGCCAGCUCAUUUAUAAGGAGUUUAAAAAAUGCCCCAACAUGCUAGUGACUGCAUUUAUUGUCUUCCUAGUGGUUUAGGAUCACACAAAGUGCUACACGAAACUAGUAUUGUGUGUGUAAACUGAUCCCUAUUUAAAUCAAUGAAUCAAUUCACAGAAUCAAGAUCUCAGCUUUUUCUUUAAAAAAUAUUAAAUAUGUGAUUGCGUAUACAGUCAUGCUGGAAUUGCUGUUGUGAGAGAACUACGUUAUUUAGCCCUUAUUUUUAAAAUUAAUAAUUUUAGCCUGGCUUUUUCCUAUGAAUAUAAUGUUUCUCAAAGACUAAAAGGAUUUUUAAUAACAUCCCAUGCUGCAAGCCUGAUGAAUCAACUGACAGCCAAUUUUAGCCAUUUACCAUAGAAUAUUGUAUUAAAAAUACCAAUUAACACUUAAUUUUUUUUCUGUAUUACCCUCAGCUGCACUACGUUGUGCCAACUAAAUUGCAUCUCAUACUUAGCCUCAAAUAUAUGCCACAAUGUACUAUACAUCACUAGGUAUUUUUUUAAGUGAGCAGUUUCCUUUGCAGUGUAAUGACAUGUUUGCAGAAGUCAGGCAUCAAGGAUGAGAUACUGAAAGUAGAGUUCUUUGCCUUCACUGUAAUUUACUGACAUUGUCAAGUUACUGAUUUUCUUAAAAACUUGUUAGCAUUUUCUAAUGCUGAGCAACAGAAGGAAAACAUGUAUUCUUUGCUAGUUUUUUGUGAGCCAUUUUCUGCUCCUGGUUUCUCCUACUAAACUUCCACUCAAAUUGCCAAUUGCUCUGAGCCAACUAGGAGUACAAUUUUUCAAACUGUCUUUAGUGUACAAAAGCACUGGUGUGCUAGUGUGCAUAUAUUGUCAAGAAAAACAUAACCAUUUCUGACAGUCUCCAUUUCUUAACACAAGAAAACAUGUACAUAUUGUAUAUACAGUAAUCAGCUACUUUGAAGUCAAAUUCCCAUUUACACAUGUUUACUUCCAGAUCUGCUAAUCUGCAACAAGAUCUUGGCAAUGGUCCUGACCUCUCUGUUUCUUUCUUUGUUUGUUUCUUUACUGCUGUGUGUGAUCUCCUGUAAAGCAGGUUACAGUCAUCACUAUUGUAUAUAUGUGUUUGCAUGUGUGUGCCUUGAUAAAUUCUCUCUUUUGGAGUUCUGAAUUUUUCAUUUCAAGUCCAGCUGGUACAAUUGUGAACUCAUCUUUCCAGUAUGCUCCUCUGUGUCAGAUUGCCAACUUUCAAAAUGUUUGACCAAGUGUUUUGAUUAAGUUCCCUGAGGAAAGCUGUCUGUAUACUUGUGAAAGGGCAUGCUCUGUGUAGGAUGAAUGUGUACAGUAUAAAUCUCUAAAACGUGGAAGUGUUUAUAAAUCUAUCUGCCAAAUAUUUAUCAUCCAUGUAACAAAUGCAAAGUUAUUUAGUGUACAUCAAAUAAUGAAUGGGGAUAUUUUGCUUCACUAUAUUCAAAUAAAGAUUUGUUCUCUGCAAUGAAUACA